UUCAUUGGUUGGUGUUUAUAUUUCUAUAUCUAUAUACGACCCCCUUUCUCCAACCUAGCUCCCCACAAGCACAAGUAGUCAUUAACUCGAUCUAACUCAUCCCCUAUAAUUUCUCAGCAGCUAGCAAUAAUUAAUGGCAUCACCGGCAGAUGAUGAAUCUUCAGCAUUAGAUCUCAUCCGGCAACACCUUCUCAUCGACGAUUCGUCCUUCCUUCAAACAUAUCCCGUUCACGAACCACAACCAAAUAAAACCGACAAAACGACAUCAUCGCUUCCCUUAUUCCAUGCACCACCAAUAACUACAAAACACAACCACCACCUCGUAUUAUCUACGAACCAAGAGAAACGUACAACGGAUGAUCUUCAAAGCAGAAAACAUUAUAGAGGAGUAAGGCAACGACCAUGGGGAAAAUUCGCUUCAGAAAUCCGUGAUCCAAAUAAGAAAGGAGCUAGGGUUUGGCUCGGGACAUAUGACACCGCUAUCGAAGCAGCUAAAGCGUAUGAUAAAGCUGCGUUUAAGCUACGUGGAAAUAAAGCUAUACUUAAUUUUCCUUUAGAAGUAGCAACUACUUUUUCCGACGAAACGGUUUUGGUUAAAAGUACUACUUCUAGCAGCAGCAGUCGGAAAAGACCAGCUGCUGCUGCUAGAUUAGAAUUGAUCAAUGAUGAAAUUGUUAAAAAAGAAUUUCGAAAGCAAGUUAAAGUUGAACAACACACGGUUCAUGGCAAUAAUAAUGAUAAUGAUAAUAAUAACGAUAAGGGUUGUGUUAAGGUUGUAAUUGAAGUUUCAACGUUACCAGGUUACGCUGCGCCUACCUUGGAUUUUACUUCUGGUUGUAUGGUUACUUAAUCAAGAACACUACUACAUAUAUAGCCUUUUCUUUUCAAAGGGCAAAUGUUAUUGUAAUAUUGUUACUAGUUAGUUUAAUCCUAGUAAUUAAAUGUCCAUGUCUAGAAUUUUGAAUUUGCGAUUUUUAGAAAAGCAACGUUUUUUUUCCUCACUCUUAGCACUAGCUAGAACUAGCCAGCUAGAGCUUUAGCAUCUUCUCUCUUAUUUGUUUUCUAAUCUAGAUCAUAAAAUGGUAUAUUCAUUUCUAUA